CCUCCCCAGUAUUACCCCCCGUGUUUCCAGCAGUAUGCACUCACUGUUAUGAGAUGGUAUGUUGGACGUCCGCAGCGAUCAAUACUCUCUGAUAUUCCGGAGUAAGGACAAGUAUCAUUAGUUACAACGUUUCUACGUGUUUGCCGCAGCCAGCUAGUACCGAUGUAUAAAGCCGAUAGGGUUUGACUUUGGGAUCAUUACCGCGCGGAAUAACGCCAGUUUGGGACUGGCGGUGCAUGGUCGAGAAACCCAAGCACGGGGACGUUAGUGUUUCUCUGUAGGUGACCGAACGCUGACCUCUAUCUACACAGUAUCGUCGGAACUCUCAUACGGUGUACAAUGUCGGACGACCAAACGUCGGACGACUUCCCGUCAAUUGUGGAACUGAAUGUGGGGGGUGUUUUCUAUACAACCUCGCUGUCCACUCUCACAAAGGAGACAGACUGCCUGUUGGCGGAAAUUUUCACAGGUAAAAAUAAGUCGUUGACGAUACGGGACUCAAAAGGCAAGUACUAUAUCGACAGAGAUGGCGUGUUGUUUCGGUAUGUGCUAGAUUAUCUUCGCAAUCUCAAACUAGUAUUGCCCGAAAAUUUCCACGAGAAGGAACGGCUAAAGCAAGAGGCGGAGUAUUACCGUCUACCUAACAUGGUAAAAUCCAUCGCCUCUCAUCACUAUGCCAAGUCCGCUAUACCAAUUCCACACGUCCGGCCGGCCACAAACAGUCACUGUACGGUAGAGGAAUCUGGGAAAACGCCCGGCUGUAUUACUGUGGGCUAUCGGGGAACGUUUGCCUUUGGUCGAGAUGGAUUGGCGGACGUGAAGUUUCGCAAACUCAGCCGAAUCAUCGUCUGUGGCAGAGUGUCCUUGUGUAAAGACGUGUUUAAGGAUACGCUUAACGAAAGCCGUGACCCCGACAGAGGUGUGGAAGACCGCUACACCAACAGGUACUUCUUGAAACACAACUUUUUGGAGCAAGCCUUUGACAUGCUGGCCGACGAAGGAUUCCGGCUUGUGGCCUCCUGCGGCUCAGGAACAAACAAUGCCGGGGAACUUAAACCGGGGAUGGACACCGAAGAGGCAAAGUGGCAACACUACAACGAAUUCGUGUUCGUGAGACGAUAACAUUACCACGUGAAAAUGUGGCAACGGCAAAACUAGCUGACGAGCAAGACAUUUUCGUGGACAAUAUGUUUGGAAUUGUAACAGUUGAGGAGAAUUGUGUGAGAGAGAGUUGUGGGGAUAGCAUUGUCAUGACCCUACAUGAAUGCCAUCAUUAUUUUGCUUCGAUAUUUGCAUUCCGACGAGAAAAUUCUAUGCUCCUCAUGCGGGUAUGUGUAUUCUUGUGUGAUGGGUUCCCCCGUAUCGGCAGUAAACGGGUUAAAUUCAUACGUUUUGAGGGAUGGUUAUUUGAAACUUUAAUUCUCCAAGGUGGGAAUUACAAUAUAGAACGGUAUGUUACAAAAAAUAUGUUGUGAUCAACUGAAAUGAUGAUAUUAUUGUUGUGCUUUAUCACCAUACUAAAUAAUGACGUUUGCCGAGAAAUGGAUUAGCAAGUGGUGAAACGGGCUGACCAUUGUCAGGUGAGGUAUAUGUCAAUAUAUAUACAUAUAGAUACCUGCAGUACAUAAUAUAACACCUAUGAUGGAGGCCUAUAUGGUAUAAGCAGGCUUCCUACACUUUACGUAGUACAUAUAUAGAGAGAGUGAUUUUACGCCCGAAAGAGAAGUACUGCUACUGCCUUAUACAUUGUGCGUAUUACAACCCACAUAGUGGCUCUGUGUCUGCAGAACGUGUAGCAGUCUGACAAUCAAGCCUAAGCAGCAUCCGUAGGUUAUGCGGACUCACCACAGGCCUGCUUCUGAAUUUUCAUUGAUUUACCUCGAGGUUUCGAAUUGUGACAAAUGUGGGAACUUUACGUCGAACAGGUUGUACUACAGCCGCUGGCACGUCUGUUAUCCUUGUGUAUAUUUGUUGUAUGGUGUCAUGGAAUGAACUGUUGAAAAUCUGUUAAUUGUAAUAGAUUACGUGCGUUGAUCAAAUUUUUUCAAAUACUAUCUCUGUUCCCCCUUAAGACGGUCCUAUGUUGGCUGGCCGACUGGAGGCGCUGAUGCAGCACCGGUUCCGCCGCUUGUUCUUAUUUAAACUUAAUUAUUACUGAUUUUAGGCAGUGAGUGGGGUCGGAUGGGUUGGUAGAAGGUUUGAGACAUAUAACUUCAAUACUGUAAAUAGCACAACAGAAAGGCAUGCUCGUUCUCUUUGUGAAAAAGCUAUCCAAGACCUACAGACUCUGAAUUAUGCUCUCCCCAGAACCGUUCAGGCGGUGUCUACAGACCAAACUGUAAGUUUAUUCCAAUCUGUCCGGCAAUAAAAAAUAUAGUGACAUCA